UUAAAGUGUGUUUGUGAAUCAUAAAAGUGUGCGCAUGACUGAGCGGGGUGUGUUGUAUGUGUGACUGAGCGGAAUCCUCAGUGAUGAGUUUGUGUUUUGGUUGCUGGACAAGGUCCAAAUUGUGCUGUGAGGUUGUGUUGAUCUAAUUUUUUAAUCAUUGUUUUCCGUGACUGAGUGGAACAGGGAGUAACAUUCCUGGCACUUGGAAAUGGGGCUCCAGAUGUGUUCAGUGCCAUGGCUGCUUUUUCUCACCCUCAGACUGCUGGUCUUGCCAUUGGAGCACUGUUUGGGGCGGGAAUCUUUGUUACAACAGUGGUAGCUGGAAGCAUUGCUCUGGUUAAACCUUUCACUGUGGCGUCCCGCCCAUUCCUUCGUGAUGUCAUUUUCUACAUGGCAGCUGUGUUUUGGACCUUCAUUAUCCUAUAUAAAGGCCAUAUUUCCAUGGGAGAAGCCGUGGGUUAUCUGGGGCUGUAUAUUGCAUAUGUUUUGACUGUGAUUGUUAGUGCAUAUAUUUACAAUCGUCAGAAGCAUCAACUGAAUGGAUCGGCCCAGACCUCAGGCAGAGAACAGGGAGAGAUUCUCCCAUCUGAUUCAUAUAGAGAAAUUCAGAAUGCCAGCAUACAAGCACACGAUGACAGAGAGUAUGAGCCUUUGCUGCCUUACACUCAAUCCACUGCUCAGAUCUUCCUGAAUGCCAUUAACCCGGUGGACAGCCGGACCUGGAGGAGACAGCACUGGAGUGCCAAAGUCCUCAAAGUGAUCAAGGUGCCUGUAGAAGUGCUGUUAUUGUUGACAGUUCCUGUGGUGGACGCAAAUAAGGAUGAUCACAACUGGAAACGCCCUCUGAACUGUCUGCACAUAAUCACUGGGCCUCUGGUGUGUGUACUUUCCUUCCAGUCGGGAAAGUAUGGCUUACUGCUCAUUGAAGGAGAAGUUCCAGUGUGGGUGCUUAUACUCUGCAUUGGAGUCUUCCUCUCGGGCAUAGUCUUCUUCACUACCACAAAUGAGCGUCCUCCUAGAUAUCACUUUCUCUAUUCUCUGCUAGGUUUUGUGGUCAGCACGUUGUGGAUCAGCACUGUGGCGUCUGAGAUUGUUAGUGUGCUGCACCUGCUGGGGGUUGUUCUCAGUCUGAGCAACACUGUACUGGGCCUCACCUUGUUAGCCUGGGGCAACAGCAUUGGAGAUUGCUUUGCAGACAUUGCUAUAGCCCGUCAGGGAUACCCACGGAUGGCCAUUUCUGCCUGUUUCGGAGGCAUUAUCUUUAACAUGCUGUUUGGUGUGGGUCUGGGCUGCCUGCUGCAAAUCUUUCAGACUAAUAACGUUGUGAUGCUGGAACCAGAGGGGAUGCUGUGCUGGGUUCUCUCAGGAGCACUGGGUCUGUCUCUCGUCCUCUCCUUCAUACUGGUUCCUCUUCAGUGUUUUCACUUGAACCGAGUCUAUGGCAUUUUUCUACUGAUCUUCUACAUUGUCUUCCUCCUCGUUGCUCUGCUCACUGAGUUUAGAGUUAUCCAAUUCUGACAUCAGCAGAAACACUAACUGAACAAAUGCAAAAAAAUUUUUUGACUCAUAGAAAUGUAUAAGAAUAUAUAUAUAUAUAUUUGUAAAUGUAUAUUUUUGAAGAUCAUGAGUCACUAGUACACUAGUUAAAUUGUUUUCAAACAAAUCUUGAAUUAUGAGAUUGAAAUUAUUAAAAUUAAUUUUAUUAAACGGGAUAC